UGAUGUAUCAUUUUGUUCAGUUCUCAGUUGACAGGGCUAUAGGGUAGGUCAUACAAUCUUAAAUCAAAGACCCCACGAAAAAAGAAACAAGCAAAACCAACAAUGUCUUCGCUGCCGACCAAGUCCUGGACCAUUCAGAUUCGCGAUCUGGCCACCUCACCCUUUGCCAUAAUUGCGCUGACCUGUGUCCUGGGAUAUGUGGCCUACAUGAAGACACGCCGUCAAUAUGGAACCUACGAUGAUGAAGACUACGAGAAAGAGGGACACCGUAAGCUGCCAGCUCCAUUGACGGGAUUACGCCUGAACCGCAAGCAAUUGGCCAACUAUAAUUCGGACCGCCCGGAUAAAACAUAUUUGAUUGCCCUUUUUGACGUGAUCUAUGAUGUCUCGAGUGCUCCCCAUGACUUUGGACCUAGCGGUAGAUUCGCUAAACUUGCCGGAACCGAAGUCUCGCACUACAUUAGGAAGCAAGCCUUCUUUGAGAUGCGUGAUUAUGAAUCCUAUUUGAAGGAAUGGCAGCUGAUGCUGGCUGACUUCUUCUAUAGAGCUGGAUUACUUAUCGAUGGGGACAAUGAGGUUUCUGGUGAUAAUCUCAAAAAAAUGGAUUCCAUUUCCGAAGAAGUUGAGGAGAAGGCGGAGUUAGUGUCUGAAUCGGAGGAGGGAAAAGCUAAAGGGGAACCAAUAACGAAAUCGGAACUGAAACCGGAAAAAGAGCCAAAGCUUAAGAUCCCAGAACUUUCUAUACAUGAUGUCUGUCCACUGGAUGAGGGUAUCAAUUCCGAUUGCGAAUCUCUUUGUACUGCCUACGAUUUCCUACCAGGACAUGAUGAUCGCGCUGAUGAGGAGGAUGAUGAUGAUGAUGAGGACGAGAAUGAUGACAAUGAAGAGUCCCCUAAAGCUGGUCAAGGGGAUAAUAAUGGCGAUGUCUUCAAUGAUCUGACCAUGACAGAUGCCGUCUCCAACCAGACCAUGUGGAAUGAAGCCGAUGUAACGAUGGUGCCCAUUUCAUAAAGACCCUCUCACCUUCACGCAUCGCCUAUCGAAAUCCAGCCGAAAGUGGCACUUAACCCAUCAUAAGCCCAUCAUAUACGAACUUAAGCCCUUAGCCAUAAUAACACGCAAACAUAAAUAAAUAUCUUUCGGAUUUUAUGUAUAUCUGCAUUUGCAGCAGCACUUACACUGAGAGAAAACAUUAAAGCCAUCAUCAUCAUCAACACUUUUUUACAUAACCCCCUCAAAUCACAUCUUUUGCAAGUUUCAAUAGGGUUUUCUAAUACAUUUGCUAUCAAAUACAUGGGUUAAGGUGUCUUAAAUUAGA